UCAGCACUUCAUUUUUAUUAUAGAGACGACAAUCAAAAGGUCACCUUUACCUGGAGACCAUGCACCUAUUGGGAUUAUUCUGGGGACAGAGCCGGACACUGUCAUAGCUGCUGGACAAAGACACCUGAAUAAAUUCAACUUUCAAAAUCCUCAGAAGCGUCCCGUGAAAACAGACGUGACUUGGGAGUGCUCCAGCAAAGAUUGUAACUAUAACAUCACUGUGGUCCCCAAGAGAGAAGGCCGAAGAGAAAACAAAGAGAAUGUUUUUCUAUGCGGAACCAACGGCAAGCAAACACUGUGUUGUAAUAUGAUUCAGAUUCAGGAGAUAGUCAACUCUACAUAACAUACUCUGGAUCUCCACCAUAUGUCGGCAUCCACAAGUUUGGGAAGAACAAAGUUGCGCCAGCAAGCCAUAAUAAAGAGCAGCACUAUGUGGGUUUGGAGAUCAGCAGACAGGAUGAUCCCGAGAACGCCAAAGUGUAUGCCUUCUACAAGGAGAAAAACAGAGACAAGGACCUGUACAGUGACAUGUGGCUCCCUUUUGUGACCCGGGUUUGCAUGAGAGAUCGUGGUGGUCCGAAGAACAACAUGCAGCUUACCUGGACGUCUCAGUUGAACGCCAGGCUCUUCUGUGGAGACAGCAAAGGGUAUUUCUCUGAGCUGGUGGACGUAGCUACUGUGGAGGCAGGACAGUGGCAGGAUACCCAGGUCUAUGCACUCUUCAGAAAUGAAUGGGGGAUGAGUGCUGUGUGUGUCUAUAAAUUAGGAGAUAUCGAAAAAGUCUUCAUAAACUCCCCAUUUAAAGGCUCAGACAAGCAAGAAGGCAGGUCUAGAGAGUGUGUUCCAGACAGCACAAAGAUCCUUUCAGACACCUUGAAGAAAAUUGAGAAGAAUACAGAUAUGAAGGACUCGGUCCAGCCUGUGGACAACUCUGGCCCGCUUCUCACUAAUCACCACAACUACACCCACAUAUAUGUUGACGGUUCCCAGAAGAGAAGCACUGUCCUGUUCCUGUCUCUAAAUAAUGGAGAAAUUCACAAAGUGAUGCAGAAUAACAGUCAGACCAUUGUCAUCGCUGAAUACCACCCUUUUGAGCACAGAGCCCACAUCCUCAGCAUGAUGCUUAACCCCGACACUGGGAAGCUGUAUGUGAACUCCAGAAAUGAACUGGUCCAAAUGGAUGUUGCAAACUGUAAUCAGUAUGGAAAAAGCGUUGAUGAUUGUCGCUUGUCCAGAGAUCCCUACUGCAUUUGGAACUGCAGCCACUGCAUCCCUAACAUCCAAGGCACACUUCAGGACAAGACACAAGAGGACAAGUGUCUACCAAAUGUUCACAACCCUGGAAAAGAGUUUUACACCUCACAUCACCAACCCCUGACUGAUACACCUGCAGACGAGACCAAGGAAAACAUCAUCACACUUUGUUCUGGGUCCAAGUAUUUCCUCAGGUGCCCAAUGUUGUCCCACCAUGCCCAGUAUACAUGGCAGCACCCUAAAAGCAACACAUCCUGCAGCAUGAGGGAGAAGCACUGCGAUUUUCUGAUUGACAACAUGGGUGAUGAGCAGGUGGGAAUUCACAAAUGUGUGUCGGAGGAGAUGGGCUACAGAAGAGUCCUGGUAGAGGUCCAACUGAAGCUGGGAAACAGGGCUGCGGGCCGUUCAUCAAGCCCACUGGUCUGGCUUGGUCUCCUCGCUGUUCUGAUUCAUUAUUCUGAAGAGUUUAUCAGACAGUUUGUAAGUCCUGAGUAAGUAACAUAAAAAGAAAACGAUAGCGAUAAACAACCCAUCCUCCUGCUAAGUGCUUGUAGUCACAUGAUAGCUCAGGCCGAAACAUUAUACAACACCUAUACCAAAAAAUUUGGGAUGUUGUUGAAAAUUUAAAAAAAAUACAAAGAAUGAGACAAUUUGCAGAUUCUGUUCAAUAUAUUUUGUUCCAAGUCCUAACGGUAAUUAUUUCCUUUAAUUUUACUAACUAUUUUUUGAUUGCACUUUUGGUAUUUGUAGAUCAGCAUCAUUUUGAAGUGUACUUUUAAAUGAAAACAGACAAUCUAGCCAACAAUCUGUUUUAUUGCUUGACUGAAAACUUGUGAAUGUACAUAAUUAGCCCUAGCCUUAAAGAAGCAUAUUGUCAAAAGAAUGUGAAAUAGAAAUGUACGUGUAAAUACUCAAAUGUUUCUUUUUUAGCAUGUUUGAUAUCUUUGACAUUUCACUGGGGGUGUUCGUCUCAGACUCCACACAACCAGAGUACUUUUAACCAUUUAUGAUGAAAAAUGUAUGAUAAACAUAUUGAUUUUGUUCUAAUCACAGUGAGAAACUACACAGAACUGUAGUUUCCCACUGAAAUAUGGUGAAACCAAUAGCUGGCAGGUAAAUGAGUCAUGGGAUGUGCAAUAAGAUAGGAAUAUUAUGUGUUUUGUUUCUGUUCUUUUGAAAUACCACCUGUUUUACAUCCGGUUCCUUUUAAUGGGAAAUUCUACAAGGGCGAGCUGUAAUUUUCUAUGUUGCAUACUACCUCAAACUUGCUUAACAGGCUUUCGACAUUUUCUUGUUCGUCAAGAAGUCAGUAUAGCAACACAUUGUGAAAUUGUCGAGAUGUUGAAAAUGCAAAGUUCAGCUGUUCAUUUUUCAGCCAUGCCUAUUUUGGCUAGUAAAGUGUGAAUGUGACCAGACGAGGUCAUUGUGAGCCUUAAAGGAGCAGUGUGUAGGAUUUAGUGGCAUCUAAAUACACCUCUGCUCGCACCUCUCUUUCCAAGAUUGUAGAGAACCUAAAGGGGCCUUUGAGUAAUGUAAAAACACGAAAAUCCCUCUCUUAAGCCAGUGUUUGGUUGAAGGGAUAAGAAGCUAAGAAAAACACAAUGAUUUUUAGUUUCAGGUGAUUAUACAGUUGUUAGGUAUAGAUUCCAUUUCUGCCAAUAUUCCCUCAGUCCUAUACACUGCUCCUUAAUGGUGCUUUCAGACCACCAUUUAAUAAUAGAGUUUAAUAAUAAUAAUAAUAAUAUGUUUAUUUAUGAAGCACCUUUCACAGACAGGGUCACAAAGUACCUGGCGGAAAAAAAGUAUUUUGUUAACUUUUCUGCUUCAUUAUCUUAAAUCCAGAGUUUUAGCUGUCUUAUAUUUUGUACCGAUAUGUUUGAUAUGAGAGUGGUAGGAGCAAGAUAGUUGAUGUGAUCGUAAUCUUUAAAGGAUCAGUUCACCCAAGUCACACAUACACGUCUUUAACAUGUUACAUUUGUGUAGAUCUAUGUACGCAUCACAUACCUCUCAGUGUUUUUAGCCAAGCAGACAGCUUUAGUUUUACUGGAUAUAUCCAACUCAUAGAUCUCUUCCUCAAGUCCAAAGGAAAUUUAAUUAAUUUAUUUAUUCUCAGGGACAAUGUGCGUUAAUCAACAUCAGUAUAAAUGUGCCAGUACUCGUCAAAAGGCACAUUUUCAUCUGCUGUCCUUCAGCCAGAUGUUAAAUUGGCCAAUAAAUCAACAAAUGGAGGUCAAUGCUGCAGCAUUAAAGAUUUACCAGAUGUGUCCUGGUUGCAGUUUCUAACAGGAUAUUUGAAGAAACUUUCCCGGUGUACGUAAUGAUAUCUGCUACUGUGUACUUGAAGUGAUUGAGUGCUUGUUUGUUGCAAGAUCUUUAAUCUGCAUUUGAGCCAUUCAAUGAAUUUAUUUUUGUAAGACAAUAUUUAAUAGUAUACUUCAAGCUAUGUGCAUUGCUGCUUAUUCAUAUAAAUAAAGGU